AUUAUCAUCAUAACAUCAUUCAAUAAAGAAAUUAAAAAAUUAUUAUUUUAGAAUGUAAUAACCAUAAGGAUUAAAAUUUGUUUGUCUAAGUGAUACUCAUAAUUCCCAUCCACAUAUAUUAGAAAAAGGGGAUGUGUUAAUACACUGUGGAGACUUUACUUGUAUAGGGGAUUAUAAAGAAGUUCAAAAUUUCAAUAGAUGGCUUGACGCAUAAUAGGGAUUCAAAUAUAAAAUCAUCAUUGCUGGAAAUCAUGACUUAAGCUUUGAUUCUUAAAAAUAUCCAGAAUUGCAAUAAUAUACGGAGCUCUAAAAAGAGAUUUAUUAUUUAAAAAAGAAUUUUAUUUAUUUAGAAAAUUCAGAAGUUGAUAUCGAAGGAUAUAAAAUAUGGGGUAGUCCAUAUUCAUUAGAAUACUGGAAUGGAGCAUUUUAACUGUCCCCUAAAGAAUCUGAAAAUUUUUGGAAGAACAUAAACGAUUAAGCAGAUAUUGUGUUAACGCAUGGACCUCCAUAUGGCCAUGGGGAUAUGUCCAAAAGUGAAGUUUGUGAACAUGUUGGUGAUAAAUAAUUAUUAAAAAGAAUUAAAUAAAUAAAACCAAAAUAUCAUAUUUUUGGUCAUAUACAUGAAGCCUAUGGAAUUUCAGAAGAGGAUGGCAUCUAAUUUAUUAAUUGUUCUUACUUUAAAAAAAACUAUUCAGUUGGAAACAAACCUUUUUCGUUUACUCUUCCUUGCAGAGAAUAAAAAAACAGAUGAACAACAAUUAAAAAAGACUUUAAUAUUAAUUUAUUC